AUGGGCUGCAAAUUGUUACCCUGGUUUAGCAUGCUUCUCAUCGCAUUGCUGCAAAUCAAUGCCGAUGCGAUCAACCUGCACAAGCGACAGACGGACUCGAAAGACUCGGACGUCGACCCGCGCCUGGAUCGGUGUGACCAACAAGGCGGUCUGACUUAUGGGAGCCCAGCCCCGGGGAUGGCGAUGAUUGGGAGUAUGCCUCCAAGGGCAUCAUACGACUGGAAGACAUUGUUAUUGUAG